AAAGCAUUCAUUUCGAUCCAAGGGCAUUUCAUUUCGUUCAGCUGGAGAGAGUCUUUGAGUGGAAGAGAGUCGGUAACAUGGCGGGAGGAGGAUUCGCCGUUAACGGCGAUGUUAAGGACUUUAAUGGAGGGCGGAUGACGGCGUCAGUGGUCAUCACCUGCAUCGUGGCAGCAUCUGGAGGGUUGAUUUUUGGGUAUGACAUCGGAAUUUCAGGAGGAGUGACGACUAUGGAAUCGUUCCUUAAGAGGUUCUUUCCAUCAGUGCUAAGGAAAAUGUCGAAUGCCAAACAGAACGAGUACUGCGUCUUUGAUAGCCAAGUACUCACAUCAUUCACUUCCUCGCUCUACAUCGCUGGCCUGCUCGCAUCUUUGGCGGCUAGCCGUGUGACCAAAGCUCUGGGCCGCCAGGCCAUCAUGUUGCUAGGUGGGGCCACCUUCCUUAUUGGGUCUGCCAUCAAUGCCGCUGCAGUCAACGUCGUGAUGCUCAUCUUGGGGCGGAUCUUGCUUGGAUUUGGCGUUGGUUUUACCAAUCAGGCCACUCCACUCUACAUCUCAGAGGUCGCCCCGCCUAAAUGGCGGGGCGGGUUCAACACCGCCUUCCAAUUCUUCAUCGGCAUUGGCGUCGUGGUGGCCAAUGUCAUAAACUAUCUCACAUCUCGGAUCCAUGGCUGGGGCUGGCGACUUUCCCUUGGCCUUGCAGCUAUGCCUGCUGCUCUCAUGACCAUCGGCACACUACUCAUCCCCGACACACCUACCAGCCUUAUCCAGCGCGGGAAGAUCGAACAGGCCCGCCUCGCCUUGCAACGGGCCCAUGGGCCUAAUACUGACAUUGAAUCCAAGCUAGCUGAUCUAGUGGCCGCAGAUGAGCUGUCUAGAUCUGUGAAAGAAUAUCCCUACAAGAUCAUACUUAGACGACAGUACCGUCCACACCUUGUCAUGUCCGUGGCGAUUCCACUCUUCCAACAGAUGACUGGGAUAAAUAUUAUAGCGUUCUACGCGCCGAUCUUGUUUCAGACAGUUGGAUUCGGUAGCAAUUCAGCUCUGAUGGCGGCCAUUAUACUCGGUCUGGUCAAUCUCGGAUCAAUCCUAGUGUCUACAUUCGUCGUGGACCGGUUCGGACGGAGGUUUUUGUUCAUGCAGGGUGGGGCACAGAUGAUCAUUUGUCAGGUGGCCGUGGCCUGCGUGUUGGGAGCCAAGAUUGGGGCGUCCGGCGAAGGAACCUUGUCCAAGGCAUACUCAGGAGCUGUGCUGAUGCUGAUGUGCAUCUAUGCUGCUGGAUUCGGGUGGUCAUGGGGCCCGCUUAGCUGGCUCAUCCCUAGCGAGAUAUUCCCAAUGGAGAUCCGAUCGGCCGGCCAGAGUAUCUCCGUCGCCGUGAACUUUGCAGUCACCUUCGUGCUAGCACAGACCUUCUUGGCCAUGCUGUGCCACUUCAAGUACGCGAGUUUUCUAUUCUACGCCGGGUGGAUACUGGUCAUGACGCUCUUCAUUGCAUUCUUCUUGCCAGAGACCAAAGGAGUGCCUCUCGAGUCCAUGCACAGUGUGUGGAAAGAACACUGGUAUUGGAGCAGGUUCGUUAGAGAGGGAAAACCUACGUGCAUGCCUUAAAAAGGGAUCAGCUAGGUAGUGGUCUACGUUGUGCGUGGUGCGAAUGUUCUUAACGUGCGCAACCAUGCAUGGUUUCCCUGUAUGUUGAACUUAUUAACAGGCGUGUGUUAUUUUCUGUGAUCUAAAUUCUACUGCCUUGCUAA